AUGCCUGUUUAUCUUCAGAUCGAGGAGGUCUGGCUGGAGGGUCCGAGUGGCGCGUGGGAGGGCACGAGGGUGACGCAGUGGACGCGGGUGCGCACGAGACUGGGGCUGGCGCAGCUUCAGUACCAGCUCGACGAACUGGCGCCCAGCGGGAAGUGGACGCUCAGGGCCAAGCUGGGGGAUGGCUCACAGGGUACUGCUGUGUUCUGGGUGGGCAACUACGAGCUCCCUCCGUUCCAGCUCAGCGUGAGGCACGCGCCACGAGUUCUGAGGACCAGCGAUAGACUGGUCUGGACUGUCUGUGUCAGGUAUCCUUGGUCAGAAGCAGUAGAAGGUAUGCUGGUGAUACGUCUCCGUGGUGCUGGUGGUGGCAGCGUGGGGAUCCGUACCGCCGUGCAGCUGAAGGCUCCAAAGGCCUGCCACCGCCACGCCACGGCUGCCAAGCGAGUGGGUCUGGACGGACCAAACCCACCUGAUGUGGUGGUCGCUGACUUCUCAUUCCAGGAGGAUGGCACCAGGAUCUGGCAGAACACGACGGUGGUCUCCCAGGUGGUGGACAAGCCGAUAUCGCUGGAGUUCCUCACCAAGCACCGCGCCGUCAUCUCCGCAAAGCUACCAUUUAAAUUAAAGGUGAAGGCAACACGUUGGGAUGAUAAGCCGGCAGCGGAUACUCUAGUGCGGGUCUGCCGUUACCCCUGGAGUGAGACCAAUGAAGAUAGACAGGAAUCGCAGAAGGAGCAGAGGGCGGGAGACUCGCUCUGUGCAGAGGGCGCCACUGACGCAGCGGGAGUCGCCAGCCUAUUCUUUGCGGCCAGUGAUUACUCCGCACCGUUUUAUAGAUUUGAGGCAUCCCUAUCAAACGACUCUACAAUCUCGGCGGCCCCACUCGCCCUGCCGGUGCGUCACUCGGGCGGCGUGCACGCGGCGCUCGGCCCGCUGCGCGCAGAGUCCCGCCAGGCGAGGACAUACGUGCCGCUGUAUCUGCAUGCGAACAUCACCACGCCGUUCACUGUGCAUUUCGUUGUGGUAACUCGUGGAGGCAUCAUACAGCGAUGGGGAGCAACCACGCAAUGUCCAUCAUUCAACUCCGCCGACCAGGUCCGCGUCACAGCUCGUAACAGCAUCUGCAACACUAGCCUGCAACACGACGUGGUCAUGGCACAACGGGACUCAAACGAAGGACCAGAUAAAUACACCAGAAGUAUCAAUGGUCCUUUAAGUGAUAAUAAAGUAGACAGCAAGGACUAUGAAACUCAGAAAGAUAGUGAUGUCCUUAAUACUACAGAAUUGUCUGACUCGCUUUUGGAUAGACACCAGUUGAGGGUCAUGCUGCCGAUAAAGAUGUCGCAUCAGAUGUGCCCCGAUAGUCAUCUGAUAGCUUAUUUCUAUUAUAACGGGGAACUGGUCAGUGCUAGCAAGCAUUUUGAGAUGAACGAGUGUUUUGCCAAUAAGGUGGAAGCGACAUGGGUCAAUCGUCACGCUCAACCAGGAUCCACAGUAGCCCUGAAGAUAUCGACACCGGGACCAGCGCUCUGUGCCCUUACAGUCCUGGACUCUGCAGCCAAGUGGGCCCAGCCACCGCCCACAGUCAAAGAACAGCUGAUGGGAGGCCUUAGAAAGCUAAUAGAUAGUCACAGGAAUUUGACGGAGUAUGAUGCGGCCGGGGAGUGCUUCCUUAAUGUGGACAGUCCAGAGAUCCCGACCAGCAGUAUAGAGCUGACGUCCACGUGGCUGGCUGCAGCUGGUCUCCGUCUCAUUGGCGGGGAGACAUCCAAUCCCAGCCGCUGCAAGCCCAGCCCCCCCGCCUCGCUAGUCACCGAUGAGGCUACUGUGCCUAGGAGUGAUUUUUCUGAGGCUUGGCUAUGGCGUCUGCUAGCGGUCAGUUCAUCCGGCACGGGCGUAGCCACAGCGCGCGCUCCGGACUCCAUCAGCAGGUUCGAAGCCUCAGCCGUCUGCUUGUCACGUAACGGACUCGCUGUAUCCACUCCAGCCGUACUGCAGGUGUUCCGUGAGUUCUUCAUCCACGCUGACAGCCCCAAACGUCUGCGGCGCGGUGACUCCUCCAUCAUUCGCUACCGGAUCUUCAACUACCUUUAUCAACCACUCAGUAUUCAAAUCCAGAUCCUAACAGACCCCAACGUGGAAGGUCCAAAAGAACUAGUAGAGACAGCGUGCGUCAACUCGCGUUCCUCUAUCGCCCGCAGCGCAGAGAUCAGGGCGAGGGUGGCGGCGCCCGCGCGCGUCAGCAUCCGCGCCAAGGCUGUGAGCGAUGGGAACUGCGGGAAUGUCACCAGCGGGAAGACAGGGGUCAGCGAUGAAGUCAUUCUCCGCAUUGCUGUGGACCCUGAGGGAAUUCCAAUUCAGGACCAGAGAUCUACACUACUUUGUGGAAAUGAUAAUGGUGGUCUAUCAGAAGUGGUGUGGGAGUUCUCGCCGGUGUUGUCCGCGCCGGGAACUGAAACCCUCACUGUAUGGGCCGUCAGUGACGUAACUGGGCCUCUAUUGGCUGAUGCUGACUCCCUCCUAAUGAUACCUCGAGGCUGUGGGGAGCAAAACAUGGCGCAGCUUGCUACCAACUUACUGGCGCUGGAGCAACUGGAACCGACCUCCAUCGCCGCCAUUACUGCAAGGGAACACGUUGCUAGAGGUUUCACUCGCCAACUGCAGUAUGUGCACCCGUCUGGCGGGUUCAGUGCCUUCGGUCCGUCUGACGCCGUCUCCUCGACGUGGCUCACCGCCUUCGCUGUUCGACAUCUCAGGAGGGCUCAUCAGUUCCUAUGGCCGAACCUGCAAGUACCGUCCGCUAUUAUUCGAGCAGAGAGAUGGCUCCUUAGCCAGCAGAUGGAGAACGGCUGCUUCCGGAACGAAGGACAAGUCUUCCAUAGAGAGCUGAGGGGCGGUCUCAACGACGACGGCGAGGUAGCGAGCGUGGCGCUCACUGCUUACGUCAUAACAUCCCUCAUUGAAAGCACUUCCCCCCUCCCAUACAGAGUUAUACAGAGCACUCUCUCUUGUCUGCGAGCCUUCCCCCCUUUAAAGGCCAAGACACAUACAAGGGUUUACGCCCAAGCGCUCCUGACUUACGCCUAUAUGAGGCUGAGGGUGUAUGAGGAGGAGCUGAUGAGGAGUAACGAGGCCAGUAUGUUGAGGAGGAAUGUCUGGGACAUAGAGCAGGAUGAGGGGACCAGGCAGCUGCUGGAGCUGCUCAAGCUGGCCAGGAGGAGCGAGGGAUAUGUGUGGUGGGAAGCCAAUAGUUUGUCCACGUCUAUCGAGGCGACCGCGUACGCGCUGCUGGCGCUGUACAGCGCGCCGGCCAAGCUCAGUAACUACGGGCCGCGCGACGCGCCCGCCGCCGCGCGCUGGCUGGCCGCGCAUCGCGGACCGGGAGGGGGCUUCGUGUCUACACAGGACACACUAGUAGCCCUGGAGGCGCUCACAGCAUGGUCGUCCAACACCUCCAACGCGACCCUGAACGUGACAGCGAGCGUCGGCCAGGAGGCGCACUCCGCGGUGCUGCGGCCCGGAGUCAAGAUACCCGACGUCAUGAAGCUGAAGCCGGGAGACACGCUCACUGUUACUUUGGAAGGUGCUGGUUGUGCCUUGGUGCAAGCUACACGAGCUUACAACAGCCUGGCCCCUGAAAGCACGUUCCAAGACAAACCUCUCUCCGUCCAAGUGUCUGUACACACGGACGGACCCUUCAACUGCGACAUUAACGGGACCAGCUGCUUCUGCGCGGCCGUUGUUGAGGCCUGUGUGAUGUGGAGCGGAACAUUCCCCGAGAUGGCGUUGUUGGAGGUGCACCUCCCGGGAGGGUUCGGAGCUGACGCACAGCUGCUCUACUCACAACUCAACAAGCAGGAUUCACUCCUCCGCCGCAUCGAGGUGACUGCGAGCAGCAGCCGCGCCAGCCUGUACCUGGGCAGCCGCGACGGCAGCGCGGUGCGCGCGCGCGCCGGCCACGCCUGCUGGGAGCUGCACGCCGCCGGACCGCGCGCGCACACCAAGCCCGCCUACGUGCGCGUGCAAGACUACUACGUACCCACGCAUAAUGAUACACAGGUAUACACGAUACCCGAAGACUGCCCCGCCCGUAUCGCUCAAGAAUCCAACCAAUACAGUGCGACUGAUAAUCUAUUUACCAAAGCCAGAGCUCUGGAUUCCGAUGACAUUAUUAUCACACAAGACUUCUCAUUCGAAGACAUUCCUGAAGGAAUACCUCUCGAGGAUCCACUGUUUGAUAACUUGACAAAAAAAGAAAAGGACAAAAUCAGCAUAGGAGUCAAUGACGACAUCGGAAACUUAGAAAAACUCAUUGAAGACUCAAAAACAGCUACUCCACCAGCUCAAGAACAGAAGGAACUAGAACUAGUUGUCGAUGAAACUAAAGGGAAUGAAAUGCCUGAGGAGAAAGAAAGCGAAUCUAUGCAGGCUCAGGAAACCAAAGGUGAAAUCGCUGUCGAGGAAGCUCCAGCCAACGAGAAAGAAAAAGAUGAGUCCAAAUUUGAUACUCGCAACAACAUUGUGCAUGAAAUUGAUUCCCUGAACAAUGUAGCACACAAACUUUUCAAUGAAACGCAAGCGAAAUACGAUUUCACUUUUCUGGAUCGGAAAAACAUUUACAGUGAUGACCAAGAAGACAGUGAUCUGAACGUAUACCACAACAAUUAUGAUCCAUCUCACCAAAACCACAACCUGAAUACUGAUAAUGCUGUGGAAAACCUACCGACUAUACCAGAAGAAGAGAGAAGCAAGGAGUCUGAAGUGAAAAGGUCUUUUACAGACGAAGAAAUGGUAUCGCAGCCCGUAAACGCAGAAGUAGAAAAAACUAAACCAGAAACAAAAUCGGAAGCGAAAUCAGAAACACACCUAAAACUGAAGGAUCAAGAACCAGCAGAAAAUCCAAUUUUAACAGACUUUCACGUGAUCGAUUCAGACAAAGACUUGGAAGUUCCUUCAGGGGUGGAGGGACCGGUGCCGACUGUGGUGCUCCCGCCGCCCGACUUCAUCCCACCGCUCCUCGCGUCAGCAAGUGAUUCGAGGAAGUUACAAUACAAACACAUGAACACGUACACACACGCGCCUUCGGACAGGGGACCUUAUUCCGAUGUUGUAUUCCAGCCACAGCAUUACAUCAACCAACCAAUCCCACGCGUGGACACAAGAAGACUGAAUAGGAUUCCCUCGGAACCUGGUAUGUUCGGUAUCGAAGGACCAGUUUCUGAUAUAAUUAUUCCUCCUUUGAAAUUUAAUCUUCCGCCGCCGCUGAUAAAUGCCAAUUUCCGGAAUCAACAUCCCUUGUACCGUAGCAACCAAGCGCCUUCGACUUACGAAGGACCAAUAUCCACGAUAGUUCUUCCACCGCAGCCCUUCCAGCCGCGAUUGGCUGACGGUGACUUGAGAAGUCUGCAAAGCAUAUACACCGCACAUGGCCCGUACUAUUACUUCAAAGAAGAUGAUAACAUGAUGUCAAAGAAACUAUUUAUACCUGUAGGUUAACUUUAUAUGAUUAAUCAUAAUAAGAGUUUUGCAUUUAUAGUUCAGUGUAGUGAUAAUAUAUUAAUAGUUUGACUGAUAUUGGUUAAUGUAGAGUUAUUUAUUCUGCAAGUUAGCUAUAGAAUUAAAAGCAGACAUAUUGUUUAUGUCCUCAAAUUCCGGAAUGAAUUGUUGACUAAUCGUUAUUAAUUAAUUAAAAAGGCGUUGCGUUAUUCGUUGGAACGGCAUCGACUUUGUAAUGAUUACCGAAUACGGUAAGGCAUUGUAUGCUAAAUGUCUCCGAACGUGAAACAAUACAGUAAAAUUUCGUUAAUUUUAAUUCAUGAAUACGUUUUUGUCCACAACAAUAAAUUACAAAAAUUAAAACAUAUUUCGUUCAUAACAAAAGCUUUCUUUCCAAAUAAUUCUAAAAAAAUUAAGAGUCAAGACCAAACCUUAAGGUCCUGUAACAAAACUCAGUACACCUUUUUAAAUAAUCUGGAUUCCAAUUUAAAAUUGUUGGUGCUAAUAUGAAUAGACAAUUACAAUAGUUAUGUAAUACGUUUUUAGUACUUAUAUUUAUGUUAAAAAUAACGAAUAUUGAGUGAAUAAGUGUUUAUAAUUAUUACUAAGAGUUAACAUAAGAAAUUAUUUAUUUAACUUCAAAUAAAAUCAUUUGUCAUGUUAUUUUAGGCUGUGAAUAAACUACAUUAAUAUGGUAUGA